AACUCGAGCGAUAUAUCCAACUUUUGGGACAAGAUCCGCGCCAUAAAAGUAGCACUAGAAAUAUUAUUGUAGUAAUAGUAGUGACUAGUAUCGUAAGCAUUACUAUCCCAGCGGUAAGAAAAACAAGAUAAUCAUUAUAUAGAAAAGUAAUAAAGCUAACGAUAAGGUAAUGUCAUUAAACAAUUGGGACUUGCUAUCGAUAGACCGCAGAGUUAUUUGCGUCGUUGCAUAACAAGGACAUGGAUGGAGUCAUCGAGUGUCUGCCACACUUUGUCACAUCUUCUGCCAGUGCUGUUAAAAUAUUAAAUAUGCAUUUCAACAGGCGAAGUGUGCGCUAAUUUCUUUUUAUAUAAAGAAAUUGUCAACUACACACGUUGUUAAAUGGACAAAUACUUAUCUUUUUCAAGUUUAACAAACUGUUCCAACUUGUGGCAAAACAAUGGGAACAACUGAAAUUAAAUGGCGAAUUGCACGUUCUGGAGGAAGUCGUCAAGCAAGGCAACAGAAUGGCGCACUUUUAUCGUAACACUUUACUAUCUUUUAUGGGAUUAUUCUUGCUGGUGCCACUAAUUUCUCCCAUUCUUGAUAUUGUCCAUCCAAUAAACGGAACUCGAACACGCCAACAACUGCUAAGAGUUAAUUACAUAUUUUUUAACGAUGACGACUAUUUCUUUUACAUAUAUUUACAAUUAUUUUGGAGCUCCGUCGUUAUAGUGUUCACCAUAAUUAGUGCAGACUGGUUGUACAUGCUAAUAAUUCAUCACAGUAGUGGAUUAUUUGCAGUUUGUGGGCAUCGAGUCCAAAAGGCAACUGUGAAUGCAAACAACUUUACCGGUGAAUCUGUUUCUGAGAAUUACUCGUACGAAAAGAUCCGGAAUUGCGCGAUAAUGCACAAUGAAGCCAUAAGAUUUUCAGAUAUAUUGAAAGAAAGCAGUCGGGGUAGUUAUUUAAUUCAGGUUGGAUUGAAUAUGUUGGGUAUCAGCGCGACAGCUGUUCAAACAGUGAUAAACUUAGACAGACCGGAAGAAGCAAUACGAAGUGCGGUAUUUUGUGGGGCUUGUCAAUUUCAUUUGCUUUUACUUAGUUUACCUGGCCAGGUGCUAUUGGAUCAUUGUUCUGAUUUAGCAGAUAAUAUUUACAGCUCCAAAUGGUACAAGGCACCCGUGCAGAUUCAAAAAGUACUAUACGUGAUGCAAAUAAGAUGCAAAAGAUUUUGUUCAUUGACGGCAGGUGGAUUGUACGAAAUGAAUAUAGAAAACUUCGGAAUAACCUUCAAGACGUGCAUGUCCUAUAUUACAAUGAUGAUGUCAGUGAAAAAUUAAAUCAGCACUAUCUGUCGAAUGUAAUCGUUCAUACAUCCACUGUGUAUUAUAUAAAGUUUUACCAAGUAUACAAAUGAUAUGAUAGAUAAUUUACAUGUAAUGCUGGAUAUAUUAGACUGCUCUGACGAAUAGAAAUAUAAAAUCACACACUUCAGAUAC